AUGUCUUCCACGGAAUUUUCUGUUGACACUUCUUUCCUUUCUGACGAUACCCUGCAUGAAGCGUAUGAGCUUGAAGUUCAAUCUAAAAAUGGUGAGCCCGUUCGCUUCGGUGAGCUUGUUGCCGGCAAGGGGGACUCAGUCACUACAGUGGUCAUAUUUGUGAGACACUUCUUCUGCAUCUAUGACCAAGACUAUGUCCGUGAUCUCGCUGCCCAGAUGACCCAUACAAUACUCGAAACUAUACCGAAUCAUGCCAAGCCGGCGCAGGUCAUAAUCAUUGGCUGCGGUGAUCAUACUCUUAUCGGACCAUACAUAGAAGAAACAUCCGACGUCUUCCCGAUAUAUACCGACCCAACAGCAAAGAUAUAUAAUCAGCUCAAGAUGAAGAGAACCUGGACGGGAUUCAAUGAGCCACCUCCCUACUCAUUGGAAUCAUUUCCUAGCGCUUUAUACAAGGACCUUAAGCAGAGAUGGAAACGCGGAUGGUCCGGGCUCAAGGGUGGCUUUGGGGAUCAGCAAGGUGGCGAAUGGGUUUUCCAAAGAGGAAAGCUGAAAUAUGCGCAUCGCAUGCAGAGCGCGAGUGAUCAUCUAACCGCGGACCGCUUACUCAAUAUCUUGACAGGGGAUCAAGUAGAUAAUAGUUGA